CCGCAGGUUGUGAGCUGAGUAGAAAACUAUGGCCGUUGCGAUGCAGACGGAGGAUUUUCCUUACUUACCGUCGGGGCUGGCGGAGGUAAAUAAAAUGAUAAAGGAGCAUGGUGACCUGUUUUCUGACUCCCAGUGUAAAGUCUGCAGUGCUGUCCUCAUUUCAGAGUCUCAGAAGUUGACUCAUUAUCAGAGCAAGAAACACGCCAACAAAGUGAGGCGCUAUUUUUCCCUCCAAAAUGAGAAGGAGACGCCUGUCAAAAAGAUCAAGUCUUCAUCUGACAGUGACUGUAACAAUGGAGACACAGACCGGUUUAAGAAGUGUCAUAUAUGUGACAUGACCUUCACCUCUCCUGUGGUCGCAGAGUCCCAUUACCAAGGCAAAGUUCACGCUAAAAACCUGAGGCAGAACCCAGCUGUUGCCUCCCAGACUCCACCAACAACUCAACCGAAAAAGAAGCCUGCUGAUGAUUUGAGCAAUGUGCCGGUUACGGGAGGCAACAAUAACAACAACACCAACCCAGAUCGUUUCUGCUCCAUCUGCCAGGCCUCCUUCAACAAUCCUCUCAUGGCCCAGCAGCACUACGUCGGCAAAAAACAUCGAAAACAGAUGACCAAGAUGAAACUGUUGGAGACAUACGGGCCAUCCACAGCACCAGCUUCCACACUAAAGGGCUACCCAUGCACCGUCUGCGGCAUUGAACUGAACUCUGUGGAGCAGUACCAGUCUCACAUUAGUGGAGCCAAACAUAAGAACCAAGUGAAGAAAUCUGGCCUGAAAACCACAGAGAACCAAGUGGCAGCUGAACAAUCGUUGGGGGGUGACGUCAGUGGAGAGAACCAGUACAGCAGCGCCCCUGCAGAAGAGCCGUACGCACCAGGAGAAGGUGACACUUACAUGGGGGAAGAUGAAGCUUUUGCAGCCGGAGGUCAGCUGUACACUCCUGAGGACACGGAGUACUCAGAGGAGUGUCAGUUCACUUGAGUCCAGGCUGCAGAGCUUUUUUCAGUCAGGACUUGGAAUGAAAACAAAACAACCAGCCCCUAACUCAUUAACAUCGACCUCCAUGGACUUUCAGCUCCUCUCAGAGUCUCGUCUUAGUACGACCCCCCCAAAACGGAGUCAUUUAAACACAGGUUUAGACUCUGAAUACCCCAAGAGGUUUUUAUUUCAGUUGUUUUGUUUCUUUUGUCUGAAAAUGUUACAGAAGUUUGUGAUUUUUUUCUUGGAUUUUAUUUUCUUGUCCUUCACAAUGUUUCUGAGGUAUGAAUAGGAACAAAUAUCAGUCCGCAGUGUUACCUAAAUGUGAUCAUAACUACAGGCACGGUUAAGAGCCUCUUUCAGAUUAUUCUGACUUUUGUCUAAAGCACUAACAGACUUAAAAUGUCCUUUUAAAUAUCUGUACGUCAAGGCUGGUUAAAUCCAGAUCCCAACACUUUUUAUUUCCUUACUUAUGGAGUCUGACUUUAUAAAUCUUUUAUUAUUUUAUUACAAUGUUGCUUUCAGUUAAUUCAGUGGUUUCACUUGUCAAAAAUGUUCUUUAAAAAGGAGAGAUAUCAAACUUGACCUAAAUUGACCACAGUCUAAAAUGACCUAAAAGGAUUCACAUAAAAGCUCUAAAAAUACAAAACUACAGAUCUGAGCAUAAAUUCUAUGCAAGCUUUUAGAAACUGUGUACAACAAACGUACCAAAACUGUUUUUAUGUGUUGAACCCAACCUUUGUGUCAGUACAGCAGAUGUGCAAGUGAAGUUUUUCUGUUCAAGAGCCUGUGGCAAGUCCAUGAGUCUGCUCAUAAAUCGCUGCAGUCUAAAUAUACUGUAAUGUCACUGUGAUGUCACAUUUGUCAUGCACUGUUACAGUGAUGCAGAUAGGAUCUAGAUUUUAUGGCGGUCUAACUAGGAGAUUAAACAUAAAAAAAGAUGAUAUUAAAGUGAUGCCACAUGUUAGAGCCUGCAAUGCCAAACUGCUUCAGAAGUUUGCAGUAAAUACAGAAAUGUGCAUUCACUCAGUGGUUUUCGUGACGUUGCAGAGUUGAGGGUCUUUCCUCAUAAAAGAUAUUUGAGGAUGCAGACGCCAGCUGAACAUGAGCUCAAGUUUGACCUGCUGAGGAGUUACUCAUAGAAUUAUUACGGCUAUAAAAGCCAAUAAGUAGUGCUCUAUUCUAAUAAGGUAAGCAUUAUGCAAGAUAUCAGCCAGUCCUCAAAGACUGUGGUUCCCAACCUCCAAUUCUAAGCCCCCCUUAAUGUAUUGUAAAGGAGUGCAGGACCCCCCAAAACAAAAGUUGAUACAUGGAUGUAAAAAAAUCAGCAUCAAAUUAAAAAGUUUUCAUUGUUCAAAUCUUUACAAAAAAGCCCCACACAGAGGUUUUCUUAUCAAGAGACAUUUGUAUUAACUAUUCAUACCCCCACAAGGGGUCCUGGACCCCAGGUUGGAUGCCAGUGCUCUAAGAGAAUUGAAAUGUAAGGCAUAUGUAUAAGCCUUUUUCUUUUUUUCUACAAUUUUAAUUGAUACCAGUUCAGUGUGACUUCCCACUCUAUGUCGUUGUUGGGUGAAAAUAAGCUUUGAGAGUGAAUGGCAGUAAAUUAGAAAACAUUUGUAACAAUGCGAUAAAACUAUUGUGCUGCCUUUUGUGCUUUAAAGAAUGAAAACAAACAAAGUUUAAGCCAUGUUAUUUAUCCUCGAUUAAUGAAGGAGUAUGAAGAAGACCUUUGUUGCUCUAGACCAGUGGUUCUCAACUGGUGGGUUGGUAAGCUCUUUCAAGUGGGACGCGAAAUGUGUGCCAGGGAAAAAUCCAGCAAAAAGUCUAUUGUAUGGAAGCACUACAUGUAUUCUAUAGUUUUCCUAUGAUAAUGAGUAAAUUUCAGGGUUUGCCUCAUGAUUUCAACCUAUUUAUCUCAUUUUCACUGGAUAACAAGCAGGUUUUUUUUUUUCCAAGAUAUUGGUGAAAUUCCUUAUGAAAUUACCAAAUUUCCAUGGUGUCUUGGGAAAAUAGAUUAAAAUUAAAUGCAUGAAUGCAUUUCCUACCAUAAUGAUGUUUUUUAAAAAAUGGUUAAAAAAAAAUGUUCAAAAAUUUGGGUGGCAGUUUCUCUAAAGGAGGUGGUGGUUGGUCAUUUUGUCCAACCAGUUGAGAACCACUGCUCUAGACUGAACCUCACUGGGGUGUUAUGUAUGAAAAAUCUAGAUCCAACUAAGUCAGGGGUGUCCAAAGUAUGGCCCGGGGGCCAAAUGCAGCCUGUGGUCCAUUCCUGAUUGGCCCUCAGCAAAUUCUAAACAUUAAAUGAAAUAUAGCCCACAUUUGAACAUGAAUGUACUGUACUGUACUUCUUCUUUUCAGCGCAAGGCAGUGCUACCAUGAUAUUUCUGUAAACAAACAUUUUGACAAGAAAACUUUAUUGAUUUGAGUUUUUUGUGACUAAAUGAAGACAACACUGUAAAUGGAAAUCAAAUUGGCACCCAACAUAAUAAUAUUUUGAUUUAUAAUACCCUGAUGGAUUACGAAGUCUUAUAGUAGUACAGAUGGUGUUUUAGGGGCAGAACCAGGAGUAGCCAGGGCCGACCAGGGCCUUAAGAUGAUUGGCUAUUUGCUUUGUCAGCCAAUUAACCAUUUAAAACCUGAGUUUCUGGACUCUUUUCUAAUUUUAACCAUAAAAGGCUCAGAAAAUGUCCUGUGAGUACAUGCUUUUGCCAAUUUUUCCACAAUACUUAGAACUUUUAAUAUAUGGCAGUUAUUUACAUUUUACUGCAUGUUGGGACUUCCGGUUUGUAGAUGAGACAGUAGACAGCUAAAACAAGGAGCUCCCGGCCGAAUAAGUUUAAAAAAUGGAGAAAACCCUUAUAAUCAUAACUCGAUGAUGGAAAAAUAAUUAACAUGGAUAAAACACAUUUUACUGCAUGUUAAGAGUGUUUUAACAGUUUCAAAUGAAAAAACACAAAAAAUGGGAACUUUAUCCUAGAAUCUUAGUGAGAAAAGGGGAAAUUACAGUAAUAACCACAUGCUGGCUGUAAAGCACAGUUUCUCAGCUUUCAGAAACUGUUUGUUUUGUGUUAUCAGAAAAAUUCAGUUAUGCAGUUAUGGUCAUGCAAAGUGUGCUUCAACAGCGUGUUGUCGACGACACGCUAGGAUUUAAAGGGUUAAGCAUACCCAAUCACUAAGCAUACCUUAACCAUCAUAAGAUUGGUUUUACUAACUUUAUGAUCCUCAGGAUGAGGAAUUUGAAAGUGGCCCCACCAUCCUUAUAUAUUUUUGUGUGUGGCCCCCAGUGGAAAAAGUUUGGACACCCUUGAAUUAAGUUAACACACAAGGUGAUGUCAAUUUAUGACGUCUCUGUCGCCAUUUGUCCAGUUUGAUAUAGAGUCUGAACAGACGCUCAUAUACACUUUCAACUUUGCCAGUCUUGUUCUGGGAAGACUCAUCUUUAAUGCAAAACUCACUGACCAUUAGAGUCCGGCUCUCAGUAACGUUAAAAUGCAAAUGGUUUUCAUAUUUUAAGCUUUUAAAUAGCGAAAGACACAAUUGUUCCUAUUUACCUCCAUUCAUUUUGAUGGAUUGUUUUCACCCUAAAAGUGGCGAGGCAGGUGUUGUUUGGGCAGUACCUGAUUGUGGCUCUUAUCAAUUUUGGAUGUGCCCUUUUGUGUUUGUGGACAAGAGCCAAGACAAGACAAAAGAAUAAAUGUUUUUACAAUGCAAUAGAAAGCUGGAGAUAAGUUAGACACUUUACCUGCAGAAUAAUAAAAUAAGAAGUAGUUUCACCAUAUUAAACAUUGGCACUCUUAAAUAACCUUUAAGCAUAGUAGGUCAUUAUUACAUUUAUAUAGUAAUAAUAGGUCGAUUAAAGAUAAAUCAGUAUUGGUGCAGAACAUCACAUUUACCAAAGGUUAAAACAAGACGAAGUAAAAAUCUAGAAACCCCUGGUUAUCUGGUUCAAUUUAAUUUAUACGCUAUGGGUUUUUGUUUAAGGCUCCUGUGAGGAGUUUUCAGCUGAUUUCUCUGUAAACUGUAAAACCAAACAAGUUGAAAAAACAAUUUUUGUUAAAACUGGUUAUGUUAAAGUUCUUCACCAGUGGAAACAUUUUUUUGAGCAAUCCCGUAUGAGUUCAUGAGUUCUCAAAACAGAGGCAACUGAUUACAUGAAACCUUUAGGAGGUUUAAUUAGCAGGUACUUCACCUUUUUAAGUUAUAGCAACUCAAUUUUACUCAUACAUUUAUGCUGGGUUUACUUUACUUUUUAAUAUUUAAGUUGCUCUCCACAGGCAGGACUCGCCUAACUCGGUCAGUAAUUUCACUCAUGGUGCAAACAUGUCCAAUGCCCAAAGGCAUGACAUAGAAAAGCAGAUAAGACCAUCAGACUGAUGCUUUCUGUAUGACUGUGUUUAAAUGCAUUUAACCCCUUACAGUACGUAGGUGUUAGACAGAUGGAUUUGCAGCAAACUGCUGAAGCAGCCUUUGUUGAUGUUAACUACAGCAGACAUUCACAGUGAGAAUCCAUUCAUUCCUAUGGGAAUCUCCAUGAUAUCCGACGUGCCUGCAAAACUCCUCCUCUGUAAAAUUUUUCACUUUUCACGGACAAGCUGCUUACUUGCUUAUAGUCCAUGACAGGUCGUAUAUUUAUCAGCUUGACAUGAAAAACAGUCAAAUUUAUCCAUUUGGUAUGAAACGCAGCAUGAUUUAUCAGGUGAUACGAGGCAGUUUGAAAUAUAGUUAGAGGCAUGAUUAGAUAAAAAUCUGAAUAGCUUCACAUCUAAUUACUGCAAACUUAAACUGCAUUUUACCUGACAAGUUUAAAGUCAAGUAAGCACAUUCUGUUUAACUGACAACACACUGUAAAGAUGCAAAGUUGAUGCACUUAUGAGAUGCUAGCAAUGCUAUCAGUUUACUGUUGUUUACAUCAGGUUAAUGGGCACUGUUGCAGCAUGGCAGGAGCUUUUCAGAAAAGCUACAGAGGCUACUUGUGGUGGGCGGCUGCGUUGCAAUCUGGAUGACGUGUUUGACCGGAAUGCUCAGCCUUAACUGAUGAAAUUAUUUAAGAGUUAGUUUAACCAACUUGUAGUUUCAGUGCUGACUACCAAGGGGUCCAAAUUUGUCUGGCUAAUCGCGCUCAUCUCUAGAAAAUACUUUAGCAGCCACAGAGUUCAUGUUCCUCCUUUUUUUUUUUUUUUUUUGGAAUAUAUUUGGUUUGUGUCUUCUGUGAAUGUAUUCACUCUAAAACAACCUCACAUCUUCUCUCUACUCGCUGAAAGCUUUAUUUAAUUCCCACUCUGUUGUUGAAGGAACAAACAUUUGCACAUUCAGAUCAGUCGCUGUAGCCGUUAAGAUGCCAUCACCUCAAUGUCAUCUUCAUCCAGACGACAGUUUAAGUGUGAACUUUGAGUUGAUCUGAUUUUCAUUUAAAGCUUAAAGGAGUUUGCCUUUAUUGUUCAUUGUAACAGUGCGCUCAUUCUGUGUACAUUUCAAAGCAAAUACCUUAAAUUUUGUUUGAAACAGCUGACAUUUGUUUGCUUGGCUCAGACUUCUCCUAAAUGUAACUUUCUUGAUCGAUUAUCUUGCUCUAACUCCUCCGUUUUUGAAACUUGCGUUUUAUCUCUCGGACUGUGUGACAUUUCUGUUUCCACAUCUGAAGGCUGCGUAUAAAAAUGUAAACUGUUUGACUACAGGAUACUAAAUUAUGUAAAUGGGGGCUCAUCAUUUAUUGAUGAUGGUUAGAGAGGCUGCUAAAAGGUUUCAAGUGACCUGAGAGUCUAAAUUAGAUCCUCAAAAGCUUCAAAAGUACCUGGUUAUGAUGAAAACAAGCAUUUUGUAGAAGUUGAUGUCAUUUUCUAAAGUCUGUUUUCAGUUUUCAGGAGAGUAAAUAAAACAUGAAUGGAUGAUAGUGAAAAUAGAAAUACUCAUUUAAAAUGCAGUGGAUUCAUCAGAGCUGAGUUAAAGAAAAGAAGCCUUUUUGUAACGUGUAGUUAAAUUCUUGUUUUAUUAAAGGGUGAUGUUUUUUUAAGAUUUGAGUUCUAAAAAUGGGGCUUUAUGAACUCUAAAAGAGACGUAGCUGCUUUCUGAGCUCUGUAAUUACUGUCAAUAGCAGAGAAUAUUUACCGCAGAGAUCUUUAAAAGUGAUGUCAGAUUAGACAGUGAUGUCAACAUUAGAAUAAGGUUUUUUUAGUCCAUUUGUCCUCAUACAGGAUGACUGGUUGGAUAUUUUAGUACUGAAUGUCUUCAAACUUCCAGGUAAAGAAAAAAAAUUUUUUUGGGGAUGUUAUUUAUACAAAGAGGGCUUAUGCAUAUUGUUUAGUACGUGGUGUAUAAAAGACAAAUGGCCUUUUUGUUUUCACCUUCAUUGUUUGAGUGUUUGGUGUUUUGUGGUUCAGCCUUUCUAUAUAAGUUGUGUAUAAGUGAGGGAAAAAAGAUGUC